CAUUUCGAUCUGUCAACGGCAAAUUGUCACAAUUCAGUGUUCCCAAAAAAAUUGAUGAAAACCGAAUAACUUGUGAACAAUGUCUACGAUUCAAAGCAUUUUGAAUCGGACAAAAGACAUUCGGCUUUUGUGUGGUCGUCUUACUAAUUUAAGCAUAACAAAAAAUAUAACAAAACCCAAUUUUCUAUGUCCACAAAUUGGGAAUCAAACAAAAUUGCUGGUGGCCGGUUUCCACAGCACCACGCCACGCUAUGAUCUGAUGGAAUUUUUCGAUGAUAAAAAGAAUUGGGCCAAAAAUGAGGUGCGAAGUGGUAGAAGCUGGCGAUUGGACGAAUUGCGAAUCAAAUCAAAUUCCGAAUUGCACAAGCUGUGGUAUGUUUUAUUGAAGGAGAAAAAUAUGCUGCUUACAAUGGAGCACGAAUGCAAUCUAGAGGCCGAGCUAUUUCCCAGUCCGGAGCGCGUCGAUAAAGUACAAGAAUCGAUGAGCAACAUCGAAACAGUGGUUCGCGAACGCAACAAAGCUUAUCAUCUGUUGGAAACUGGUCGUGAUGGUGAACGACCGGCUCGUAUGGAAGCCAAUCGACUUGGAAUCAGAUAUCUAUACCGGACAAAGGAAUACUUCAUUCCACAAAAGUUCAACAAAAAUUUCAGACGGCGCUUCUUCAAUGAAUAUCAUUACGACAGAGAUGUGCAAACUUUCCUUCGAUUCUAUCGCGAAAAAUUAUUCAGACUCAAGACCAGAGCAAAGAAUCGCGAUAAGAAUCACGUUACCAAGUUGAUGUCACGCUUUCCGAACUUGGACCGGAAGCUUCUUGAACGCGAAUAUCCUCACGUUGAUAUCAAACGAAUUGAAUUCAAGGAUAGAGCACGCGGUCAUUUCGCUCCAAAAAUCGACUAAUGUCAUGGAGACAGUCGUUACAAUUUAAGCAUUUACACGUUUAGAACAUUUUAAAAAUAAAAACAAAUUGAAAAGAAAAAGGAGAAA